AAAAUGGCCGUUUGAGGGAUGGGAUGUCAACUGCGUCAGAUGCAAUUUAUGAAUACAGAUUAUUGAGGUAUUGAUUAAAGAUGUCGCAGAAAUCCAAACGCAAAGCUGCCAUGAUGACGGCUGAGGUAGUCCCAGGUUCAUCAACACAAGUCGCUAAGGAAGUAGCCAAAUCUGAGCUCUUAGGUUCUCCAGAGAAAAAGCAAAAAAUGACUGAAAAGGGCGACUCAAGUUCCUCAAAUGAGCAGACAGAGGAGGAAAUUCACAAGUUCAUGGAUGAAACUUUUGUAACCAGGCGUGCUUUUGUCACAGAGGAGAUGCCAGCUGUUAUCAUUCUGAGAGAGCACUUUCCUUAUCUCUUCAAGGGGAGACAAAUGCUGGCUGAAUUUCAGAGGAUAACUGGUAUGGACAUUGAUCACCUGAUCCAGGAAUACUGUGUUAAAUACGCUUCCACUGUCAUUGAUAUAGGAAGGCAGACACCUGGGUCAGGAGGAAUUCUAAAGCAGGCAGAGACAGCAAAGCAACAAAACCUGGCAUUGAAACAGUACUGGGACAUGGUGACAGCAUUAUGCCUGCUUCCUCUGUUACUGAAGGAAAACCUUGUGGAAAUGGUGAGAGAAGUUGGAAAUGAAGAUGAGAUUGACCCGAAAGGAAAGAUUGUCCCUAUCCUCAUCUCUAAGGGGUCCAUAUUCAAAAGCGAUGAGUUCAUUUUGGUUGUGGAAGAGGAGGUGGUCCAAGAAUUUGAGGAAUUUACUAUUGCUCUCGGAACAUUGUUUUCGGCAUACUGGGUUUUCAAUAUGCAAUACCCGAGGACUCUAAACAAUACAUACAACUUCAUACAGAAAGCCAUCUUACACCUUAGGGAUGGUACGCCUUUCCCCCCUCUGUGUAGACAGUUAGUGCAGCGCAUUCAGAAGAUGUGUACCCAAGGGAAACGUGGCAGCAGUGCUUCAUGACAGUGUAGAAAAUCCUUUGCCGUAAAAAGUCCCAAAUUUAAUAUGUUGUUCAAGUAUUUUGAGCGUGAAAGUUCACAAGUGUUGUGCUAACUUAAAUUAAACAAUUCACCAAAUUGGAUAGGAGUCAAUACCAUUUUCCCUAAUCCCCCUACACACCCCUUUGUAAAAUAGAUAUUUAAUAUGCUUCUUUCAGAAUAACCAUAAAAUAACUGUAUAACCACACUUAUUAACUGUUUUGUUAUAUUUUAUAUGCAAGAAACUAUGUAUUUCUGCAUUUUUUAUAAAAUUUCCUCUUUUGUGUAUUACCUGCAGCUAAACAAUUAUUUGCAAUAUUGUAGAAGAGCUUAUUUUUGCUUAUUCCACAUCCUUUUUGUGACUAUACAUUUUGAGGUGCUUACAUUUUUUUUUCUUAUUUUAAUCAGAGUUAUCUUUCUUCCAAUACAAAACAGUGCAAUAACUGAAGCCAAAAAAAAGGACCACAACAAAGGAUUAGAUGAACUGUCUCAUCAGAUCUGUUUUAUUAUUAUAAAAGUCAGACAUAAUUUCUUACUGAUUUUGAACCAAUCCUGUCUUCCUGUGUUUGAUGUUUUGCAGGGUUUUUAAUAACUUUAAAGUGAAGAGGCAAAGUUAUCCAUUUGAGGAGGCUAGCUGUUUUAAAAUUAUAUUCAAUAGUUUACUUUGCCAGUUGUGAAAUUUGAAGGUGGUUAAUUCCAAUCAUAGAAAUAUUAAUGGCCUCCAGCUGCCCCUUACUGAAAGCCCUGUUUUGAAAAAAAAAAAAAUUUGCUUGUUGUUGACAAAGACAGGAGGCAGAAUAUAUUUUCAUUUUUUGAAAUAAUUAGAAAAGUGCUCUAGAUAAUGUUUACAAUAAUGUGCCAUAUAUUAUGUAUGCUAUCAAAUUCCAUAAAAAAAUGCAGAACAGAAAUUGAGGAAACUAGUCAUUCAUUAAUUUCUUGUGUUCAUAAUCACACCUACACACCCUAUUCUGAACAAAGAUGGAAGAAAUGUUUCUGGUUCCUUCUCAUGAUAUUAUGAUUUAAAUCCUGUCUGUAAUUGAGGUGGGGCUAGAUGGGGGUAAUUUAUAAAUGAAAUUUUUGUUCAAAUAAAUUGUACCUCUGAUUAUUGAGCAUUAAUGGACCAUAAAAACUUUGACUGCCCAAAAAUAAAAUUCUGUGAUUUUAUCAUCAUUUUGUAAACAGGCAUUAUUAGGUACAUGCAUUGGAAUAGAUGGAGAUGAAACCAUAUUAAUUAAUGAUAUAAAAUUUUAUCGACAUUUCAAAAUCAAAGUCAUUCAAAAAUUCGUAUUUCAUCAUCGUUACACCAUAUUUCAUGAUUUUUGUAUUUUAUUUGGGUUUAUUUGUUUCAAAAUAACCAUACUGUGUUUGUUCAGAUAUGAGAUUUUACCUUGCAUGAACUGUAAAUAAUGAAGUUUGUUUAUUUCAAUCCCCCUUCUCUUACUAAGACUUGAACAAAUGUGAACACAAUCAAGAAAGACUGCAAAGUUUACUUAACAAGGUUAUAUCAUUGAAUCAUAAUAAAACAAAUAUUGCUGUAUUGGCCUAAAAAACAGCAAUAAUUGUAUAAUAGUUUAUGCUUAUCAUGCAAUUCAACAUGUAUCCAAAACAAAAAAAUAUUUCUUUUUUUCUAUAGUCAUUAUUGAUGCAAUUUGACAUUCAGUAAUUGUAUUGUGCUUUAUCAUUCUUGCCAAAACCAUAUUAUUGAGGUUGUAAUGUUUUUAUAGUAUUAAAUUUUUUGAAAUAUUAAAUUGAAAUUGCUUUUAAAGAGAGGAGUGUAUGUGUUGUAAUGUGUAAUUAACAAAAGAAUUCAACAUAAACUGAAUGUAUAGGUCAAAUGCAUGCAGAAACUCUUUGUGAGAGUUAUAAAUUUUGUAAAAUUAAUAUAACUUAGCUUUAUGUUUAAUCUUGUGAAAAUGUCACUUUUGACAUUUUACAAGGUGAAGUUUGCUCCUAGGAAAUUUUAAACACAUUGUCAUGGCCCUAAAAUUGUCAGCAUUGGUUAAAUGUUGUACACCUUUUCUAGAAUUGGUUCAGUUACAUGUGUGUAUGUUGUAAGGUAUGGAUGAUAACCAGUACAGAGUGCUUAUUUUAGAGAGCUUAUUAUUACAUGUUACAUCAAAUGCAGAACAUGGUGCAGAGAUUUUUUUUCUUCUGUUUUACAUUGCCAUUGCAAAAUGUUAUAAAAUAUAUAUGUAGUACACUUGCAUGUUUCCUUGAAUAGUGGAAAUCUAAAUAUGUUAUUGCUUUCUUUAUUUAAAAUAAGGCAUUUGAACAUUUUCCUUGAAUUUUAUACUUUGAAUGUCUUGACAAUCUCUUCUUCAAUACUUAACUAGAUUGGAAUGGUUGUAAUCUUGAGCUUUUAUAAACUGAAGGGAGGAUAUUUUUGAAUAUUGUAUUAUAAUGAAUUGCCAUAAUAAUGAUGAAAAUCUACAUUUUUAAAACCAGAUUUGAAUCUGAUUUAAUGUUUUGUUAUUUUUGUGAUUAGAUAGUAAUUGUUGUUGAGAUCACUGGAUAAGUUUUAGUGUUCAAUUAGAUUUUCUUAUUUUUGGCAUUAUUUACUUUUGUUGAGUUUUAUUAUUUUCACCGAGUAGAAGGAAUCUCGACAUUUUUUGUUCUGUUUCCUAGUUGUUUGUA